CAGGUCGCCAAUGAGGAGGUGCGCUUCCCACAUCAAAUUGUCAACGCUGCGAACUGCAACACCCAACCACUCCAACCUCACUGGCACGCCCGACAGCAAUCUUGGAACAAACCUUGGCUAGGAACGACGCGCAAGCUGGCAUGGCGACAAUCAAGCAGCGUCCGCACUUCCCUUUCCACAUUUUCUACGCUGCAUCUCGACUUGUUUGCCGGACCAUAAGCUUCAGCACCAUACCCAAUCGUAUCGCCUCACGAUCUGCGACCUGACACCAUGAACCCAACGGCAAAGAACACCAGCUCGGGCAGCGCUAGAGAUCCAGGCACGGAUGCGAUGCCGUUGUUGUCGACUCCAGUGACAGGGCCUCCACAACCCGCCCCCUCGGCGACGACGAUGGGUGUGCUCCCGCUCCACCCGCUUCCACACCUUCCACCCCCAUCCCCCGCUGCUGGCAAUGGUACUGCGACUUUGUCAGUUGGUGGUACCCUCAACGGCCAGAGGUCGCUCAGGAGAUUGCAAUCGGCUCACAGCCUCGGCGCAAAGGCCUCGCCUCAGCCGUCCCUAAUUUCCCAGCAGAGGUUGCAGCAACAGCAGCAGCAAUCGCAACACCAACCGCAAUCCCAACCGCAAUCCCAACCGCGUCUCCAACCGCACCAGCAGCUCCAACACCAGCAUCGCUUACUCCCAGGCCCUCCUUCGCCUCCUACUAGACAUGCAAGUCUCAACUAUCGAUCGACACCACAAAGAGGUCGCGCCAACAGUGACGCCCCGCCAGUUCCUAUUCCAUUAGGUCAACAAUACAGCACCAUGGCAGCCGCAAAUAGGCGGCGCGGCACAAGCUCGUCCACCGCCAGCGCCAUGUCCCUCGAAAAGUUGUUGCGCGAAGGCCCUCCGAACGGCGAUGUCGAGGCCGCGCUCGAAAGCACACGACUCAAGAUCCUCGAUCAAGGCGUCAAAUCCGAUAGCGAUGGCAUGUCUUCCCUUCGCAUCUACGUAUGGCUGAUCCUCCUCAACGCCCCAAUCAUUGAAACCGACACCUACCUUGCCCUCAUCCAUCGCGGCGCAUCCCCUGCCUACUCGAAGAUCCGAAAUGACACUUUCCGUACACUCACGACCGAUCCUCUCUUCCGGCGCCGCGUCAGCGAGGCCAGCUUAAUUCGAUUACUCAAUGCCGUCGCCUGGAGGUUACACGAUGCCCGCGGGGACCGAACCAGAGACCAUAGCAUUGCCAGUCUUUCGCGACGCUCGGCGCCAUCAGAACCCGGAAGUCGUCCGGGAACUAGUGGCCACGACAGUAUCACUGGGUCGCCGGCAUCGAAAAGUCGAGCGCGUGCCUUGACCUUGACCACUGAAGGCUCCGAGGCCAGUGGUGUCGCUUCCGAACCGGGUACCUAUGUACAAGGAAUGAACGUGCUGGCCGCGCCCUUCUUAUAUGCUGCACGUAGCGAGGCAGAAGCAUUCGUCGCCUUCCACCAGCUUCUCACGCAGGAGUUACCCGGCUACAUUCGCGGUGCGAUGGACGGAGUACACAAAGGGCUGGCGCUGGUCGACAAGGUGUUGUCGAUCGUGGAUCCUAAACUCAGUCUUUACCUGAUGUCCAAGAACCUCACUGCCGAGAUCUAUGCAUUCCCCUCCGUACUGACGCUGUGCGCCUGUACGCCGCCUCUGCCUGAGGUCCUACGUCUGUGGGACUUUCUCUUUGCAUACGGUCCGCAUCUUAACAUUUUGUGCAUCGUUGCGCAGCUUAUCAUGAUACGCACCAAGAUUAUGGAAUCGCCCAGGUAUGAGUCUUCUCACCAGUAACCCGUUUUCCAGAGUUUCAACUACUGACAUACCGGUCCUUCACCAGUCCUAACAAACUCCUCCGAUCUUUCCCUGCCCUUCAGGCCGAUUUGAUCAAGCGGACCACUUUGACCGUGA